AACUCUGCCAAAGAAGUAAACAGAAAAGUGGAAGCCGAAAAACAUGCUUCAAAGCCUACUGCCGUAAAAAUCACAUAAAUCUUCAGCUAGUUCUUCAGAAAACCGUAAAACACGAUGAAUUCCAGUUUGUGGGUCCGUUUGCGCUUCGCUCUUGAGCGAUUCGAACAAAUUCUGCCCAGUUUGUUCGGAUUUCCCGGCAGCCGGUUCCCUCCAACGGGUGCCUUGGCGUUGGUCGGAGCCGAAGCAGGUCGACUUUCGGUGGAGUCUGGGAAAAGCUUCAGCCUGAAGGACCUGAUCGGCGAUGGAAUCUUGUGGGCCGUACCGAAGCACCGUCGCACGGUGGAGAAGCGGCUGAAGCGAAAAUACGGCAGUCCGCAGUACAAGCUGAAGAUUUUCACCCCGAAGACCCAUCUGCGCAUUUGCACGUCAUGCGGCAGUGACCACGAGGUGGGUGUGCUCUGCCCGACCUGCUACAAGAAGGUGCGCGAGGAAACCGAACACAUCCAGACAAAGAUUCAAGCCAAGCUGGGCCUGGAGCCGGUCGACAAGGAAGUGGUGGUGCUGUACGACCGCGAACGGGACGAGCAACCGGAGGAGUUUUGGCAGGGCAAGCGGAUCGUCGAGAUGGAGAAGACCCGGCCGGUGUGGUUCAGCAAGAAUCUGCUGCAGCGAACCACACAGCAGCCGGCCGAUACGGCGGAAGUGAAGCCGGAGACGGAGAAACUGGGUUGAUCGAUUUGUUGAUUUUAGCAUAAACUUAAUGAUUCUAAUCACUAUGUAA